CCCAACCAAAACUCCAGCCUCACAUCACACCCUACUGCUCCACCCCACAGCCCACGCCAGAGAAAUCUCUCUCCCUCUCUCUCUCUCUUCUACGUUCCCAAGAAAGAGAAAAAACUAGAGAGAGAAAUCUUGUGACGGCGAGUAGAGGUCCAAGAACGAGGCAGCAGGAAGGAAGGGGGAUCAUGUCUGCGGCAGGGGAGAGGAAGGAGAAGGGCGCCGGCGGCGCGUGCGAGCUGUGCGGCGCGGCGGCGCGGGUGUACUGCAGCGCAGACGAGGCCACGCUCUGCUGGGGCUGCGAUGCGCAGGUGCACGGCGCCAACUUCCUCGUGGCGCGCCACGCGCGCGCGCUGCUGUGCCGGGGCUGCGCGCGGCCCACGCCGUGGCGCGCCGCGGGGCCGCGCCUGGGUCCCACUGCCUCCCUCUGCGACCGCUGCGUCCGCCGCGGCGCCGGCGUGGGGGGCGACGAGGAGAUGACCGGCGAGGGCGACGGCCACGGGGACGAGGAGGAUGACGACAGCGAGGACGAGGAGGAGGACGAGGAAGAGGAAGGGGAGGGGGAGAACCAGGUCGUGCCGUGGGCGGAGGAAGCGGAGGCCACGCCGCCGCCCGUCGCGAGCUCCACCUCGAGCAGCAGCCGGGAAGUCGCCGCGAAUGACGCCGAGUGCGCAAAGGAAGACGUGCCGUGCUCGACGUCCCAGUCGAGCUUGUGCCACUACUCGUCGUCGCCGGGCCACGGCGGCCGGAGCGACGAGGCCACCUCCUCCAGAAAUGGCGGCCGGUUCCUCGCCUCCCGGCACAGGAAGCGAUCACCUUCGGAUUUCUUCAGCUCGGGGUCAACGCGGGCAUUGGUCAAAAUGACUUUACCUGAGGCAACUUGAGAUGAUGGUGUAGAUGCUGAUGCUAACUACAUUAGAAGGCAACUUUUGGUGUAUCCAAGCAUUGGGGAGAUGUGGAUCACUACGAGAUCAAACUUGCACGGAGGCAUACAUCUUUUUGGUCGUCAAUUUGCAGAAUUGAGCUAUCAGGCAGAAACAUGUAGUAUUCGUAAAUGAGACGGCUUCCUGGAGAUUAUAUAUGUCCUCCACUACUUUCUUGUGUUUAAAUUCCUUCCUUUUGUUUGUGGAUGAGGCGUGUUGGCUAACUUAAAGAAAAUGAUAUAGGCUCGCAUUUGUAGUGACCAUCUUUAAUGGUUUCACUGUUUGAAUGCUUCCAUUUGUACCCUACAAUCAGUUUCUGGUUUGUUCAUAAUGUUAGACGCGAUGGCUCUUGUGACUGCAAUGGCAGCUGAAUAUACAGUACUCCCUUCUUUCUUAAGGGACCUGGAGUAAGCAGAAUGCACUGCUGUUUACCUGGCAGUCUGUAAAUUGGGCUAAUAGAGUUGAAUAUAUCUGGCAAGUGGAUCUUGAAUCGUAA